UCAUAGUCCCUCUUGAAUAUCUAUAUCAAUUGAUGCUCUUUGCUAUGUAACAGCUACAGGCAGGGGUUCCCUGAAAUUCAAAACAUUUUGGGGUCUAGUUUGAUUUUACUUUAAAAAUCAUUAGAACUCGAAACAAAAUUAAAACAAAGAAAAACAACUCAGAAAGCGGAAUCAAGUUCUUCAGUCAGCUCUUUCCCCUGGUCAGACCGCCCGGACUACAACCGCCUGACUUUAUAACAUGCAAGGCACUGAUACCAGGGGGAGCUCCCCUGCAUUCCUCCGUCCUCAGAAUGGGAGCAGUCACAGGUCCUCGGGGUACGUCCCCGGGAGAAUUGCCCCUCUCCGUCCCCCGCCACCUUCGCAGAGCCAUGCUGCAGCAGAAUUUACCUCGGCGAGACAAGAAGCCCAGACAAGACUCGCAUCCUUACCAGUGGAGCAGCACCGCCGACAGGCAGAAGCCAACAGGCAUAAAAAUACUCUUAUUUGCUCUGCCAUUUCUAGCCUUUCACUUUUUGUUGCACUGGGAAUUUUUUUGGGAAUAGCUUCAAAAUAUGCUCCAGAUGAGAACUGUCCUGAUCAGAACCCUCGCCUUAAAAACUGGAGCCCUGGAAAAGAUCCUGAAAAAAGAGUUAUUAUUAAAAAAGGGGAUUUGUUUCGUCUGAACUCAGAUGCUACAGUACACUCUAUAGUUAUACAGGAUGGAGGUUUACUUGUUUUUGGUGACGAUAAAGAAGGUUCUAAAAAUAUUACCUUGAGAACUCGAUUUAUCCUGAUAAAGGAUGGUGGAAUGCUUCAUGUUGGAGCAGAGAAAUGCCGCUAUAAAUCCAAAGCAACUAUUAUUUUGUAUGGAAAGUCAAACGAAGGUGCUGAUGUGCCAGAAUUUGGCAAAAAAUUUAUUGGUGUGGGCCCUGAAGGAGUGCUGGAGUUGCACGGGCACCAGAAGGUAUCAUGGACUCUUCUAUCAAAGACUAUAUAUUUCUCAGGGCUGGCCUAUGGUCGUUACACAUUUAAAAAGAAUUUUUACCGAGGACUAAAUGUUAGAGUGAUCGAUCAGGAUACAGCAGAGGUUUUGGAAGUGCUGAAGUUUGAUACUCAUGAAUUUGCAGAGGAAAGCUUAAAGCUCCAGAACUUACUGAAAAAUGGGCAUCCUGGUCGCAUUAUUGCUAUUGCUGUAGGAGAUUCAGCUGCUAAAAAUCUUUUGGAGGAAACCAGAGUGACUAUUCAAAAUCUUCUGGGAAGUAAGUUUGUGAGAGGAUUAAGUUACAGGCAAGCCUGGGCUUUAGUUGGUGUUAUAGGUGGUGGAAAUUCUUCCUGUAAUGAAUCAGUGAGAAACUAUGAAAACCACAGCACUGGUGGGAAAGCUCUUGCUCAGAAAGAGUUUUUCACAGUGGAUGGUCAGAAGUUUGUUGUGAGAGCUUACAGCGAAUGGAAUGAUGGUGUCCCGAUAUCAGGCUUCCAGGUGGAAGCAGUGGGUGGAGUAAUACUGAAUCUUCUGGAUGAUGUUAGUAGUUGGGAACCAGGAGACAGGAUUGUGGUUGCGAGCACAGACUAUUCGAUGUAUCAGACAGAGGAAUUCACCCUCCUUCCCUGCCCGGAGUGUACCAACCAUCAGGUUAAAGUCAAAGAAAACCCUCAGUUUCCUCAUGUAGGAGAAGUAAUUGAUGGAGUGGACAUGAGAGCAGAAGUUGGAGUUCUUACAAGAAACAUCCUAAUACAAGGGGAGACAGAAAAUACCUGCUAUCCUGAAAAGGACUGUCAGUUCUUCAGUUAUGAUACAUUUGGUGGACAUAUCAAGAUUUUGAAGAAUUUUACAUCUGUUCACCUUUCCUAUGUGGAAUUGAAGCAAAUGGGCCAGCAGCAGAUUGGAAGUUACCCUGUUCACUUUCACCUUUGUGGGGAUGUGGAUGAAAAAGGAGGAUAUACUUUUAAAACUUAUCUGGAAGGCCUUUCCAUUCAUCACUCUUUUUCCAGAUGUGUGACUGUUCAUGCAACUAAUGGCUUGCUGAUAAAGGACACCAUUGGCUAUGACACACUAGGUCACUGUUUCUUCAUAGAAGAUGGCAUUGAGCAGAGGAAUACUUUGUUCCACAACCUUGGGCUAGUCACAAAACCAGGCACUCUUCUACCUACAGACAGAAACAGCAGCAUGUGUAUUGGGAUUAGGGAUAAGGUGUAUGGAAGUUAUGUCCCAGUGCCAGCCACAGACUGCAUGGCCGUUUCAACAUUCUGGAUUUCUCAUCCCAACAAUCAUCUUAUAAAUAAUGCAGCAGCAGGCUCACAGGAUGCUGGAAUAUGGUAUUUGUUCCACAGGGUUGCUACAGGAGAUUCUCAUAGUUUAGCCAUCGAAACCAAAUCAGAGCUUACACCCCUAGGAAUCUUCUAUAACAACAGGGUUCAUUCUAAUUUUAAGGCUGGUUUGUUCAUUGAUAAGGGUGUUAAAACAACUAAUGCUAGUGCUGAUGAUCCCAGAGAAUAUCUUUGUUUGGACAACAAUGCAAGGUUUCGACCUCAUCAAGAUGCAGACCCUGAAAAGCCCCGAGUUGCUGCCCUGAUUGACAGAUUAAUCUCUUUCAAAAACAAUGAUCAUGGAGCCUGGGUCAGGGGAGGAGAUAUCCUCAUUCAGAACUCUGGGUUUGCCGACAAUGGAAUAGGUUUGACAUUUGCUAGCGACGGGAGCUUCCCAAAUGAUGAAGGUGCCAGCCAGGAGGUAUCAGAGUCACUCUUCAUAGGUGAGAGCAAGAAUUAUGGGUUUCAAGGUGGACAAAAUAAAUAUGUGGGAACUGGAGGAAUAGACAACAAGACGCGCACUCUGCCUAGAAAUCGGACAUUUCCAAUUAGAGGCUUUCAAAUUUAUGAUGGACCUAUUCACCUUACCAAGUGCACAUUUAAAAACUUCGUGCCAACUCCAGACAGAUUUACCAGUGCAGUUGGAUUUUUGAUGAAAAAUCCAUGGCAGAUGACUCCAAAAAAUAAUAUUUCUCUUGUGAAGUUUGGUCCAAACGUUUCUUUGAAAGCCUUCUUUGGAAAGCCUGGUCCCUGGUUUGAAGAAGGAGAUCUGGAUGGUGACAAGAACUCAAUAUUUCAUGAUCUAGAUGGUUCAGUGACUGACUACAGGGAUACCUAUGUGGGCCGAAUGGAUAAUUACUUGAUUCAACACCCCAAAUGCAUUAACAUCACAGAAUGGAGUGGAGUGGUUUGCAGUGGGAGCUAUGCACAGGUUUAUGUCCAAACCUGGAAUGGACAGAAUCUUUCCAUGACUAUUGUCCGAGAUGAGUAUCCUGCCUAUCCCAUGGUUCUUCGAGGUAUUAACCAGAGAGCAGCUGCCUUUCAGCAAUACCAGCCAGUGGUGAUGCUCCAAAAGGGCUAUACAAUACAUUGGAAUGGAAAAGCUCCAAACGUCACCUAUCUGUAUCUCAUUAACUUCAACAAGAAUGACUGGAUUCGUGUUGGUCUUUGUUACCAACCAAAGACAGAUUUUCUUAUAGUACUGGAAACCUUUCAAAGGCGGUCAUCUGCUCUGUCAAGCAAGGUGGAGCGCUACCUGCCUGUAUCUUCAAUGAUGGAGCUUGAAAAGAAUCGAUCAGACAAGAGGUUUUACUUUGACAACAGUACUGGAUUACUGUUUUUAUUUCUUCAAGCCAAAUAUAAUAGGGAUGGUCACAGUUAUUGCUCAUCUCAGGGAUGUGAAAGGAUCAAGAUUGUGACCAAAGAAUCAUCCAAAGGGAUAAGUAAUUGCAUGGCAAAAGCUUACCCAAAGUACUACCAAGUACCAACCGCCAUAAAGCAGAUGCCAGAAAAAACUACUGUACCAUGUAGAAAAUGUGGUACAACUCAGAUGGUAUUCACCAGUGACCCUCACAAAACCUACCUCCUUGUGCAGAUUAAUUCAUCUGAUGAAAGAGAGUCAAGCAGAGGUCAGCAAGCAUUUAUAUAUGUCAAUGACACCAUGUUUUCCUUCAAGGAUAAUGGAAUACUUAUUGUUGUAGUAGAUGCCUGCACUGGCACAGUGUUGGGAAACAAAUUAUUUUCUGGAGUAGACAUUAGGCAUGUACAUGAAUAUUUAAAAUAUAGAAUUCCACAAAGGUCUAUCAUUCUGCUGGGCACAAGAGGUGAUGUAGCAAUUCCUAAUAAUUUAGCUGAAGCCUUUAUGUCCCUGGGGUCAGCGAAACCACCUUAUCUUCAGAGCAAUGGAAGCUUGGCCUUUCUGGGCUUCAGAGGAAACAUUAAACCAUCCUGGAUUAAGCUCUCUACCAGUCCUGCUGGGCAUGGGCUCGUUCAGAUAGAAAAGUAUAUCCCUCUGCAACUGGAAGAGUAUGGCUGUGCCAGAGCGAUUAAAAGCCUUCGGAAAGACCUCGAGCUUCUGAAGAAGGCUGCACGAUCUCAUUAAAGACUAAGAUGUACAUAAAAUCUGGGGAAAAAAUGUGAACUAACUUAUUUUUUAAUUUAUGGCAUUUUAAACUAUAUUGUUAUCCAAGUAAAUCACGUUAUUGUGUGACAGAUGUUUGCCAGCAUUGACUGCUUGAAUGCCAAUCUGUGCACCUUCUAGUUGUACAAAAUAAUAAAGAAUUUAUUAGUAUUUGUAUAAACAGGUUUCAGAGAUUUUUCAGAUGUUUGUAUUUACUGUAAACAAGUUCCUUCUGUUUAAUACUCCUUUUGUAUGUAAGAGGGUAUUCAUAAAAGCCUUAAGUUUUUAGUAACAUUUAA